UCAGCCAUCGAUUCUACUCCACCUCUAGUUUAAUAAUUUUAAAACGUCGAAGCGGUUCGGGUCCUAAAUAAGUUAAUUCCUGGUAGAACGUCGCGUCGCGGUACACACGAAGUUAAACAAUUACAAUAAGAAGUAUUAACCCUUGACACUGGGCGAGAGUAGAACAUAAACGCAAAGCAAAGCAACCUCAAAAUGUUGUCACGACCGAGUUUGUGCGGAACUGUGGGCAAACUGUGCCGCUGCAGCGCUUCAGCCACAGCAACAGCAGCGGGCGCCACAUCAGCUACAGUGCCGGCCACACGGCGAUACCAUGAGGUGGUGGGUGACAUUAUUACACCUUCGCAGGUGCGCGGCAUCGAUCACAUUCGCGACCCUCGUUUGAAUAAGGGUCUGGCUUUCACCCUCGAGGAGCGACAGACGCUGGGCAUUCAUGGCCUGCAGCCCGCCCGCUUUAAGACGCAGGAGGAGCAGCUGCAGCUGUGCAAGAUCGCCGUGAAUCGCUACACAGAGCCGCUGAACAAGUACCUGUACCUGAGCGAUCUGUACGAUCGUAACGAACGACUGUUCUUUCGUUUCCUCUCCGAGAACAUUGAGGACUUAAUGCCCAUUGUGUACACUCCCACGGUGGGCCUGGCCUGCCAGCGCUUUGGCCUUAUCUACAGGCGUCCGCACGGUCUCUUCGUGACGUACAACGAUCGGGGCCACAUCUUCGAUGUGAUGAAGAACUGGCCGGAGCCGAAUGUCCGUGCCAUCUGCGUGACGGAUGGCGAGCGUAUCCUGGGACUGGGUGAUCUGGGUGCCUGUGGCAUGGGCAUUCCCGUUGGCAAGCUGGCCUUGUACACGGCUCUGGCUGGUAUCAAGCCCCACCAGUGCCUGCCCAUUGUGGUGGAUGUAGGCACCAACAACAUCGAUCUGCUGGAGGAUCCUUUGUACGUGGGCCUUCGCCAGAAGCGAGUGGUUGGCCGGGAGUACGACGACUUCAUUGAUGAGUUCAUGGAGGCGGUGGUGCGGCGAUAUGGCCAGAACACGCUCAUCCAGUUCGAGGACUUUGGCAACCACAAUGCAUUUAGGUUCCUGGACAAGUACCGCAACACGUACUGCACCUUCAACGAUGAUAUUCAGGGCACCGCCGCCGUUGCCGUGGCUGGACUGUAUGCCUCCAAGCGGAUUACGGGCAAGUCCUUCAAGGAUUAUACCUUCCUGUUCGCCGGAGCGGGUGAGGCAGCCAUCGGCAUUGCCGAUCUCACGGUCAAGGCCAUGGUCCAAGAGGGUGUGCCCAUCGAGGAGGCCUACAACCGCAUCUACAUGGUGGACAUUGACGGUCUGCUGACCAAGUCCCGCAAGGUCGGCAACCUGGAGGGCCACAAGGUCAACUACGCCAAGGAUAUUGCGCCCAUGACGGAUCUCGCCGAGAUUGUGUCCACCAUUAAGCCAAGUGUUCUCAUUGGUGCUUCGGCCGCUGCCGGCAUCUUUACGCCAGAGAUCCUAAGAACCAUGGGUGAUAACAACGAGAGGCCCGUGGUCUUUGCGCUGUCCAAUCCCACCAGCAAAGCAGAAUGCACCGCCGAGGAUGCCUACAAGCACACGGAUGCUCGCGUUAUCUUCUCGUCGGGCUCUCCUUUCCCACCGGUCACAAUGGGCGACAAGACCUAUUAUCCCGGCCAAGGCAACAAUGCCUACAUCUUUCCGGGCGUCGGCUUGGGCGUUAUCUGCACGGGCACGCAUCACAUACCCGACGAAAUGUUCCUCAUUGCCGCUCAGGAGCUGGCCAACUUUGUUGAGCCCAGCGAUAUUGAGCGCGGCUCGCUGUACCCGCCCCUCUCCAGCAUCCGAGAUGUGUCCAUGAACAUUGCCAUUGGCGUGACCAAGUGCGCCUACGAUAGAGGUCUGGCAUCUACCUACCCGGAACCGCAGGACAAGCGCAAGUGGCUGGAAAUGCAGCUGUACAACUUCAACUACGAGACCUCGAUGCCGGCGACCUGGGUCUGGCCGCGGAUGCCCUACAUUAAGACUCGUGAAUUAGUGCCCACGGAUCUCUAUGGAAAACAAAAGAAAAAAGAAGAAAUUAUGUAAAUUAGCCAACCCCCCGACCACAGAAGCUAUUAACUGCUACCGAGAACUGGUGAGAGCAAUACAACCAACCAACCAACCAACCAAGCAACCAAUUGUUCCACAUCUAAAACAACUUAAUUCGCUGCCGUUAACAUCCAACUAUCUGUUACGAUUAUGAUUUCUGUAUCUUUUUAAGACUCCUUAUAUCCCCAGAGAUAUAUUCGAGUGACUAUAUUAUGUUUGUUGUUGAGCCAUGUCUGAUAUUUAUUAACGCAAUUAAGCAUCAGCAGCAGCUUUGUUAUAAUUUAUUGUUACCAAGGUCAAGCUCUAAAUGUAUCUAUAACUUUAUAAACCCCUUUGUCCCCUGAUCGAUCGGACCGAUUCAGCCAUUGUACCACUGACUAGAUGAUGAUGAUGUGCGAUAAACAAUAAAAUAAAAAAUACGCAAAUGU